AUGGCCUCGGUGGAGCUACAAAUCUCGGCUUUUGUGGUUGCACUCAUGGGUGUAUGUGCCGCCAUUGUCGCCACUUUGCUACCAAACUGGAAGGUCAAUUCAGAAACUGGGGCUAACAUCAUUACCGCAGUCACUGAAAUGCAGGGUCUUUGGAUGGACUGCACGUGGUACAGUACUGGAAUGUUUAGCUGCACUGUGAAAUAUUCCAUCCUUUCCCUCCCUAUUUACAUCCAGACUGUGAGGACUACUAUGGUUUUAUCCUGUAUAUUCUCCGCUUUUGGAAUCUGCAUCUCCAUAGCCGGAAUGAAAUGUACCAAGCUAGGAGGUGACCCACAAACCAAAAGUAAUAUAGCAUUUGCAGGUGGAACAUGCUUUUUGCUUGCUGGAAUCUUUGGUAUGAUCUCAGUGAGCUGGUACAUGAAAGAGAUCAUCUCCAGCUUCUUGGAUCCAUCCAUUCCAGACAGUGGAAAACAUGAACCUGGAGGAGCAGUAUACCUAGGCUUUAUCUCUGCUGGGUUGCACAUUCUAGCAGGUGCAAUAUUCUGUGCAUCCUGCUCUAAAAGACAGCAGGAAAGAACGCAAUCACGUCCAAAAAAAAGACUUGAGCCAGAGGCUGAGCACUCAGAAAACAACAACGCAAGCUACAACCUCCAGGACUAUGUGUAA